GCCGAUCUGUUCCUGGCCACAUCGUGGUUCUCGCGGUGCCUGCUCGUGAUCUGCUGGUUUAGUUCGAUCCGCGGUAGGGUUGGCGGAUGUCGGGGUCGAUUUUUGGGGGGUUUGGGUUCUGGGCGAGUGGCGAUUCUGGUUGUCUCGGCGGAUUGUGCAGAAAAGGCAGUCCGGUGGCGGGGUUUGCCGAUUCUGUCGAGCGAGGCGACGAGUGGUUCGAGAUUUCUAGUGGGGAGUUCGCGGUAUUGUUCUCGAUUGGUAUUCAUGGGUGCAAAUAGACGCGUACUUUUUGUAGAAUCACAUGGUAGCGGACAGCGAUCUGUAAGAAGGUGAGCUACUUUGGUCUGGUGCCGGUUUCUUUAUUAGGGAGAGAGCUGGAAGAAUCUGGACAGACAUGCUUUAUGGAUCAUGCGAGUCUGAUAUGUUAGCUGCAGACACAAUGCUCAGAAACCGAGAGGCUGGGGGAAUUGAUGGGUUUAGUGGGGAGGCAACCAACGAAAACCUCCCACCAAAUGUCAUUAGGCAAUUGGCUAAAGAAUUGAAGAAUCUUGACCAGUCACCUCAAGAGGGGAUUAGAGUGAUUGUGAAUGACGAUGACUUCACAAGUAUUUGUGCAGAUAUAGAUGGCCCUGGUGGGACUCCGUACGAGAAUGGGGUUUUCCGGAUGAAGCUCGUCUUGUCCCGUGACUUCCCUCAAUCCCCACCGAAAGGAUUUUUUGUGACCAAAAUAUUCCAUCCAAACAUAUCGAGCAGUGGUGAGAUCUGCGUUAACACGUUGAAAAAGGAUUGGAAUCCUACUCAUGGACUAAGGCAUGUUCUACUGGUGGUGAGAUGCCUACUGAUUGAACCAUUCCCAGAAUCUGCGCUCAAUGAGCAGGCUGGAAAGAUGUUACUUGAGAACUAUGCGGACUAUGCGCGUCAUGCAAGGUUAUACACCAGCAUUCAUGCCCUCAAACCUAAGACUAAGCCCAAGAGUGGCACUAUCUCCGAGUCGACUUCUGUAAACGUGGAUCAGUCAAGCACAACAAAUCUAUGCGAAAUUGCACCAUCGGCGCCCAUGGCUUUAUGUGCUACUGCUGCUACCAAAGUGCCAGGCUCAAACUCGCUGGAUCAGAAUGCUCCCACUGAGCCCACUGUUGGACCAUCUACGACAUUGCCCAAGAAGGAAGGACCUGUUGCUACAAAAGCCCCAGCCGAUAAGAAGAAGAUGGACGCAAGGAAGAAGAGCUUGAAGAGAUUGUAAGCAAAAUGUUGGGGCAUCGGAGGUGCCAGAUGUAGCACAGAUGAAUGAAUAUUGGGGCUCCAGGUGACAUGAGAGGCAGGUGCCAGAUGUAGCAGACGAGUGAAUAUUGGGCUCCAGGUGACAUGAGAGGCAUCUGGUAAACUGUUAUGUCACCUGCGGAAAUUGUGUCGAAAGAAUGUGAAUUGUUGUAUACUCCCUCUGUCUGAAAAAACUUGUCAUCAAAAUGAAUAAAAAGGCAUGUAUCUAGGACUAAUAUACAUCUAAAUACAUCCCCUUUUAUUCAUUUUGAUGACAAGUAUUUCCGGACGGAGGGAGUAUCUUGCAUCAACACUUGUGUAAUGACAAUUCUCCCAAAGAAGGCUCUGCCUUCUCUAUUCAAUUAAUUCAUUAUCUUGAGAAAA